AUGGAAUCUGGGGCCAUUCUGAACGAGCAGAUCACUGCAUGGUCGUACCAGGACUACUUCAACCGGCCCGCAAUGGCGCGCUUUCACGUGUGCGGGUGGAUAUCAGGUAUAUCCCUGAACGAGUGGAACUUUAAGGACUGGGUGUACAGCCAGCUGCCGGCAUGGAUGCAGUUCGUACCCUGGGAGGAGUGGGACGGCCUGGAGUGGCUGCAGGUUGACAUGGGUCUGUCGACGGAGAUCACCGGCGUGGCGACGCUGGGCCACUGUCAGCACGACUUCGCCGUCACCGCGUACACGCUCCGGUACAGCGAGGACGAGCGGACAUGGAGGUCCUACAAGAACGGGACAUCGGAGGACGAGUCCGACCACAUAUUCAUCGGAAACGAAGACUGGCAUGUCGGCAUGACGAAGUCUGACGCGGUGCAGCACGUCCUGGCCUACCCGUUCGUGACGCGGUACGUGCGGGUCUACCCGCUGGACUGGCUCGGCAAGAACAUGACCGGCAUCCACCACAACCCGCCCGCCAUGAGGGUAGAACUGUUCGGAUUCAGACUUCAGAACGACUUGCUAAACCUGGAUGAGUACGAUCCCUACAAGGCAGUACUCAAGUCGGACAAACUUACUUCAAAAGGCUGUGCUCCGUUCAGUUUCGAGUGUGAUUCCCGCGGGGAGACGGAGUGUGUGUCCCUGUCCUUCUUCUGUGACUUCACCCUGCAGUGUAGCAACCGCAGGGAUGAACUGCACUGUGUCUACCCACCGUGUAAAGACCAUGAGAAGAGGUGCGGGUCUGAACAGUGCGUGCUGAAGUCGCAGGUCUGUGACGGCAUUCACCAGUGUUCGGACGGGUCGGACGAGCUCCGCUGCGACUUCUGCCCGGAGGGUUUCCAGUGUUUUGAUGGGUCGUGUCUGAAUAUCGAGCGGUACUGCGACGGACAGAUAGACUGCAUGGGCUACAUCGGCGAGGACGAACCCGUCAACUGUGAUUACAAAAGCCCUAACUUCAGCUGCCCGGACGCGGGACAGAUCCGGUGUAAGAACGGGGUGUGUGCGCGCAAGAACGAGACCUGCAUCUUCAACCAGAACGACGAGGGGAUCAUGGUGGGGUGUCGGGACCUCACACACCUCAGGCCCUGCUCGAAAGAGUUUGUGUGUCCGAUAAACCACCUGCAGUGCAACCUGGGAUACUGCAUCCCACAGCACUUGCGCUGUGACGGGAAGAUGGACUGUUCCACUGGCGAGGAUGAGGAAAACUGCGAAAGUUACACGUGCCCGGGCGCCCACCGGUGUAACGGGUUCGGCAGCUGCACGCCGAUGGAGAACCGCUGUGACGGCACCAGGCAGUGUCCGCGGGGAGACGACGAGUUCAACUGCGGUAUCGAGUGCCCUACUGGAUGCAACUGUGAGGGGCUGUCUUUCUUCUGUCAAAACAACAAGUUUGACGUGACGCUGGAUAAACUGUCCAAGCUACUCCGCAAACUUGACGCGAGUAACGCCCGUCUGCUGGAGAUCCAACAGGCGGUCAGGCUGGACGGUAACGGGACGGCGCUGCAGAACGAGACCCUGCUCGACCUCUCCAACUUCAAGCUGAUGGGCGAACUCAUUUUGAGGAACACAAGCUUGCACUACAUCGGCAACAGCACUCUGGAGGUUCUGGCUAACUUGUAUUACCUAGACCUCAGUAGCAACAAGAUCCUCAGUGUGGACAACGGCGCUUUCAUGCUCGCACCGAACCCUUCAGAUCCAACCGCAACUUCGAAGCUCGUCAACUUGCACACCGAUAGCUACUUGUUCAUCUGCGUGGCUCUGACGCAGACCAAGCACCUCGACACGUUCAGCCCUCAGCCCAACGAGCUGUCGUCCUGCGAGGACCUGAUCGCCCGACAGGGGCUGCGCGUGGUCAUGUGGGUCUUCGCCAGCUUCGCCAUCCUCGGCAACGGCUAUGUCAUCAUCCGGAGGAUCAUAGCCGAGUUCGACCAGUCCCUGGGAAAGAGCCGCGUGCAGAACAUCCUGGUGCUGAACCUCGGAGUGGCUGACCUGCUGAUGGGCGUGUACCAGAUGAUCGUGGCGUCCGUUGACGAGUACUACCGCAACGUCUACAUCUGGAACGACGAGAAGUGGCGCACCAGCCGGCUCUGCGAGUUCGCAGGCUUCGUCUUCGUCGUGUCCAGCGAGGUGUCGGUCUGCUCCCUGGUCCUGAUCACCGUGGACCGCUUCAUCUCCGUCGUGUUCCCCUUCAAGACGGAGUGGAAGAUCAGCGUGAAGCAGGCCAUGACGAUGAUGAUCGCGAUCUGGGGCAUCGUGGCCUUCCUUGGAGUGUUCCCUCUCAUGGACGUGCCGUACUUCCAGGACGAGUUCUACGCCCGCUCCGGAGUGUGCCUGCCCCUCCACAUCACCGCGGAGCGCCCGCCCGGGUUCGAGUACUCCGUGGCCAUCUUCAUGGUCUUCAACUUCAUCGCCUUCGUGCUCAUCAUGGGCAGCUACAUCGCCAUGUUCGUCUCCGUCCGCAGCGCCGGGAAGGCGUCCGGAGAGGCCGCGGGAAAGCAGAAGGCCGGCCAGACCCAGACCAUGACCACCCGCAUGACCAUGAUCGUGCUGACCGACUUCUUCUGCUGGUUUCCCGUCACCCUCAUGGGCAUCAUGGCCCUCACUGGUGUCGCUCUGCCCGGGGAAGUCUUCGCCUUCACCGCCGUCAUCAUCCUCCCGAUCAACUCGGCCCUCAACCCGGUCCUGUACACCGUGUUGGCCAUCAAGGCCAGGGGGAAGAAGAAGCCGCCAGGGCCGGUUCCUCCCGGAGGCAAGAAGCCCGGAGGGCCCGGUGGGCUGGCCGGGAAGAAGGGUGGCGUUCCUAUAGGGGGAAAGAAGGCUGGCGGUCCAAUGGCAGGAAAGAAGGCUGGCGUAGGAGGCAAGAAAGCCGGCGGUCCUGGUGGCGCCGGAGGCCGGGGGAAGAAAGCGGGCGGCCCCGGCGUUGUUGGGGGGAAGAAACCCGGUGGCGGGGCGGGCGGUAGGAAGGCCGGCGGAGCCGGGGUUGUAGGCGGCAAGAAACCUGCCGGGCCCGUCGUUGGAAGAAAGAAGUAG